AUGACGCUCACGCCGCCCCUACUUACUCUUCUCCGCCUCAUGCCACUCCUCAGCACAACAGCCUCCCUGACCCACGCAUACAUGGAGUUUGUCACAACAUCGUCCUUUCUCUCUCCUGCGCCAACAACCUCAUCGCUCAGCAAAAGCAUGCUCCGUGGCGAAGAACCCACAUCGUCACCUCAAAACGCCGCUGAGCUAGCCGCAGCCAAAGAAAUUGUCAUUCCAGCAUGGUUCGUAAACUUCUUCAAUCGCGGAGUGUGGAGCGUGGUUGGCCUGAACAGCAUUACUUUGGCCUCUGCGGGCGUGAAUCUGUGGGUGUUUCAAGAGGGAUUGGGGCUGAGUCGCAGGUAUUAUUUGACCGGGUUCGUGGCUGCGGCUGCGCAUUAUGCGUUCGUGCCGCUCGUUGGGGAGAGCGUUACGCGGUUGUUCGUAAUGUGUGCGGGGCGUGAGAAAGGGCGGAAGGGCGGUAGGAAAGGCAAGUUGCCUUUGAUUGCGGUGCAGGAUUUGCAGGAGUGGAUUGGAUUUCACAAGGUUCGGAUGUGUAGUGUGGAUGUGGUUGCUUGGGUGUCUUUCAUGGUUGGGGUCGUGAACAUGUUGACACGGUAG